AUGGCCGUCGCCGCCGCGGCUGCUCCGCCGCUCCUCCCCACCCCGACCGCUCGCAGCUUGCCCGCCACCUUGCUCCCCACCCCACCGCCGACCGGCCACCUCAUCCCAUCCCCGGCUUCCUCCGCGCCACCGAACCAUCGCUUGUCCCCCUCGCCUGCUUACAUCCCGCCGUGCCGCCGCCUGGCCGUUUGCUCGCCCGAUCCACCCGCGCCGGCGGUGCCCCACCUCGCCCCCUCGCCCACUCUCGCCAUGCCUUCCACGCGCACUUCCCCCACGCCGCCGAUCCAUGCCCUCUUGGCCGCGUACGUCCCGCCGUGCCGCCGCCUCGCAGCUUGCUCGCUCGAUUCCACCGCGCCGCCGAUCCAUGCCUCCUCGGCUGCUUCGCCCGCUGUGAUCCCCACCCCGCCGCUAACCCCCCGCCUCAUUGGCUCUCCUGCUUCCCCCGCGCCGACGAUCCAUUGCUUGCCCCCCUCGCUGGUGUACGUCCCGCCAUCCCGCCGCCUCGCGGCUUGCUCGCCGGAUUCCCCCGCGCCGUCAGCGCCUCGCCUCGCCCCCUCACCCGCUCCUGCCGCUCCUUCCGCGUCCAACCCGGGCCGCGCGUCCACCAGCAAAAGCUGGUUCCGGGACAAGGCGGCCUGUGCCGAUCUUGCGCUGCCGUCCUCGCCGGAGAGGAAUGCCAAUCUUGCGCUGCCAUCCUCGCCGGAGAGGAUCAAGGGGUUCAAGGUCCCCGGCCGCGCCUCGCUCAGCUGUGUGAAGGAUAGGGUCGCUGGCUCCGAUGUACUGGCGAACAGCGGCUGUCUCAAGCGGAAUUUGACGUCGCCUGCUGAUAACAUCGGUAAGAAAAUGAGGUAUGAAUCUCCAUCUUUGUCAGAGGACUCCGGCUCUGAUUCAGAGCCGGAGUUCUAUGCUGGUCCAGCGUUUCGUAACGCCCCUCCUGCUAGUUCUCUCCCGAUUCCGAUAUCGUUAAUGAUGCGUCGCAACAAAUUUAUAGCCCCAGCUCUCAAUGGUUUAGCAUUUUAG